GAUGAGAGGAGGAAGAGGAGGAGGAGGAGGAGGCUUCUUAAGGUGUCUCCUCAAGACGCGAGGCUCACUUGUUUGCCCGCUCGCUCACUUCUCCAGCUUUCCCGACCUUCCCCGCGUCCAGCAGCACGUCGCGUGGUAGCAUCCCCUGCCUGCAGCCAUGUGCGACGACGAGGAGAGCACCGCCCUGGUGUGCGACAACGGAUCGGGACUUUGCAAAGCCGGAUUUGCCGGCGAUGACGCGCCCAGGGCCGUCUUCCCGUCCAUCGUGGGCCGGCCCAGGCACCAGGGGGUGAUGGUGGGCAUGGGCCAGAAGGACAGCUACGUCGGUGACGAGGCUCAGAGCAAGCGUGGAAUCCUCACCCUCAAGUAUCCCAUCGAGCACGGAAUCAUCACCAACUGGGACGACAUGGAGAAGAUCUGGCAUCACUCAUUUUACAACGAGCUGCGAGUGGCCCCCGAAGAGCAUCCCACCCUCCUGACCGAAGCGCCGCUCAAUCCCAAGGCCAACAGGGAGAAGAUGACGCAGAUCAUGUUCGAGACCUUCAACGUUCCCGCCAUGUACGUGGCCAUCCAGGCCGUCUUGUCCCUGUACGCCUCCGGACGCACAACAGGCAUCGUUUUGGACUCUGGGGACGGCGUGACCCACAACGUUCCCAUCUAUGAAGGUUACGCUCUGCCUCACGCCAUCAUGAGGUUGGACCUGGCUGGACGUGACCUCACCGACUACCUCAUGAAGAUCCUGACCGAGCGCGGCUACAGCUUCGUCACCACGGCCGAGCGCGAGAUCGUGCGCGACAUCAAGGAGAAGUUGUGCUACGUGGCUCUGGACUUUGAGAACGAGAUGGGGACGGCGGCCACGUCGUCCUCGCUGGAGAAGAGUUACGAGCUCCCCGACGGCCAGGUCAUCACCAUCGGUAACGAACGCUUCCGAUGCCCCGAGACAUUGUUCCAGCCGUCCUUCAUCGGCAUGGAGUCGGCCGGGAUCCACGAGACCACUUACAACAGCAUCAUGAAGUGCGACAUCGACAUCCGCAAGGACCUCUACGCCAACAACGUGCUGUCGGGGGGCACCACCAUGUACCCCGGCAUCGCCGACCGCAUGCAGAAGGAGAUCACCGCCCUGGCGCCCAGCACCAUGAAGAUCAAGAUCAUCGCCCCCCCGGAGAGGAAGUACUCGGUUUGGAUCGGCGGCUCCAUCCUGGCGUCGCUGUCCACCUUCCAGCAGAUGUGGAUCAGCAAGCAGGAGUAUGAUGAGGCCGGCCCGUCCAUCGUCCACCGAAAGUGCUUCUAGAUGGUUCGGGCAGGACCGGCCCCGGCCAACGCCCGCCUCCGGAAGCGCCCCUCACCAGCUUGCAGGCUCGCCCCCCCCCCCCCCUCCUACAAGCCCCACCUCCAUCUUGGUGUCCUUCUUGUCUUUUGGUGUUUGGUUGUUUUUUUUUUUUAAUUGUAAUUUUUUUUUUUUACAUUUUGGAUGAAAUAAAGCUUGACCGCCACCAAUGAUGUCAUAGCCGGGGCGUGGCCUCCAGUUGAAAAAAAAGGCAAAUAAAAAGCAUACCACAAA